GACGUGUGCUUGAGUGUGUUUUUUUUAGUCUGCACUGUUUUUAUGGACUUGGCACCAGUUGGUAAAUUACGCGUGGUCGCUAAAAGAGAGCGGGGACGUACAUUUGUGGAUUAUGCGUGUUUUGAUGGCACGAAUCUACGUAUACAAAUAAUGCAUGUAUUCUGUUAGGAUGUGUUUUUGUUAGGGUUGCGCGAGACUGUUUUUAGCUCCGACCACUUGGCAUGGCAUGAAUUCCGCAAAGCCAGGAGAACCAAUGUCAAGAAUGCUACCAGUGAGCCACUGUUAUAUUUUGAUACGACUAGUGCGCUAUUUGAAGCUAUGAACGCGAGGCUUUUAUAUGCAUACGUUUUAUUAUCGUUAUCCCUCGUCAAAGUACAGUUGUAAUAGUGCACAUCACUUUUUUCCCCCCCUGUCGGGACAGGCAAUUGUGUGCACGAAACUCGCCGGAUAUGCAGAUUUCUGGUAUUGUCAACUUCUGUCCUCGUAAAUGGAUGUUACCCCAACGUUGGAGUGCCUGAACCUUUACUUUUUUUUCCCUCUAUGAUCCUCACAAUUAAUGCCCUGCUAGAUUCAAUCGAAUCUUUGGACGAGCACCCCUAUAUGUUUUAUCUGGGCUUAUUCUUUGUGAACGUCCUCAUUCUCUACUAUGCCUUUCUGAUGGAGUACAUCGUCCUAAAUGUGGGUAUAGUAUUUAUGCCUGAGGAUAUGGACCGGGCUCUGGUGGACCUCGGGGUGCUGUCUGACCCGGCAUCCCUACCUUACGAUUCGGACGCAGACUUGGAUGUGUUUGAGGGGUAUCUGGAGUGAUUUAAGGUGGUGAUGGAUGUGAUCACAAUGCUGGUGAAGAUGAUACAGAGGUCAGAGACAGGACCCUGCUGGACAUUCAUUGUCUUUUGGGAGAGAGAGGAAAACAGUCCUCUCAGUGUGAAGAUGACAGCCAUUGCGUGGGAAUACUCAUUCUAUCACUGCACCACACCAUCAACCACCUCAGUCUUCACACAAGCAAUUGUGUCCUUAACUUGGGGCAUAAUGGAAGGAAAAAAGAAAGCAAUAUCUGCUGCAAGUGAGAAAAUAAACAUUUUCACUGUGGAUUACAAGUGCAGUAUUGAUCCAGAAAUAAGGAACCAGGUGCUUAUAAUAUGUGCUGUAACCACAUCAGCUCAGUGGUGUGCACCAAAGAAAAAGUGACCCUCGCAGUGGAGCCUUUGUAUUCUGAAAACUGUUCCCUUCUCAUUUGCCUCCAAUAGAAUGUGAUCUAAGGAAAAUGUAUUCUUACUUUGCAGGCACCCACCCAUUGAGAGGAAUGUUAAUCUGAGUUUAUUCAUAUCUGGUUCACAAUAAGGACUGGGGUCUUGUGGGUGCACCUCUCAAACAUGACACUGGACACACAAGGCUGGGCAACUGUUUUUGAUUUUGCUCCGUUUUGUUGCAACAUUUAACUGUUUUAGUUUUUUGCUUUGGUGUGCGCAUCCAGCAUAAAUUACUUCCAUGAAAGUGCUUCCUGUUGGGUUGGGUCACGAUUAAAAUGAAAAUUUAAUGAGUUGGUGACAACCUUAAAUUGAAUCUUAAAGCAGCUACUUCAUAUUCAACUCAAAAUUGUAUCUUGUACAUACAUUUUUACUUUAUUUUAAAAAUUUAAGACACCUGAUACAGACUUGCAAUGCUGGUUGAAUGUUUUGUUUUUAUUAUUUCUGUCUUGGGAUCUAUAUAUUUUUUUAUCCUGGAAAGGAUUGAGCAUUUUCCUAAGAAAAAUGUAUAUUACCUUGAAGCAAUAAUGAACUGAAUUAAACAUUGGUUUUCAUAUCAUGA